GAACCAUAAAUACAGUCUGUAGCAAGUUAAUGUGAGGGGUGAGAGAAGCGUUAUCGUGCAGUGUUGAGCAGACAUGUUGCAGAAGCCUCCCUGCUGCUGGAUUUUUCUUGAAAAAGUUUUAAUCAUGACGAUUGAUGUAAAUUUAAUAUGAAACAUUUAAUGAAGCUCAGUAUUUGUAAGAUACUCUAUCUGAGCACAAGUUGUGAGAGAAUUGUGCGUUUUGGAAGGCAGUUGCUUCAGGUCAAGUCUUGUGAUGGUAGCAGAUGUGGAGAACCAAAAGACUCCUCUCAUGUCUUCCCAAGAGGAGUUGAGAGCAGAGAGAGUCAUCAGCCUGCUCGAGCAUGACAAUGUUGGAAAAUUGCGGGAAAUGUUGGAUGAAUGGGGAAAAAAUUGUGUGUGGCGACCUCGGCCUAACAAUAAAGAGAUAGCACUUGUUGAAACAUCACUACACAUUGCAGUCAAAAAGAAUGCCCCCAGGUGUUUGCAGGCUUUACUAGAUGGAAACCCACCUGAAGAGGUCCUCGAUGCCCCAGAUGAUGACGGGGCCACGCCAUUGUUGGUGGCAGUUGCAGAAGCGCAGCCUAACCUUGUUGAGAUGCUCAUUAAUGCUGGAGCCCACAUUAAUGCUCGUAAUGAUAAAGGCCAGAGUGUGCUGCAUAUCUUGACUUACAUUACAUCAAGAGGAGCUGAAUCAGAAAAAGUCUUGCAGGAUUUGACAGAUUUACUUUUACGCCAAAAAGGCAUUGAUUUAGAGCCUCAUGCACACCUCACACCGCUGGCAGCAGCUGCAUCAAAGUUGCCUCAGGAACAUGGAGUUUCUAAAAAUGGUCUCAUUAGCCUUUGCAGAAAACUAGUGAAUGCAGGAGCUUCUCUCCAGGAAGAUGGAGGGGAUGGCACUAUUGAAAAGGUUCUGCUAAACAAACAGGCCCUUCCAGCAGUCUUGGAGGAUGUUGAACAACUGCCCCCUCCUAAAAGACCUGCAAAAUCACAAUUCUUGGAUAUGAUAUUUAUGGGAAAAAAUAUAGAUGAUGUUAAGGCAUUCCUGAGAAAUCAGUCACCUAAAGAUGCUCAUGCUGCAGUCAACUGUCGACUUGGAAAACAAACUCUUCUUUUCUAUGCCAUCAACAUAAGCAAUGAAGCCUUAGUAGAAGUUUUAAUUAAUUAUGGAGCAAAACCACGGGUAUUGGAAGUAACAAAUGAACUCCCUAUUCAUCGAGCUGCUUCUCGAGGUCAUUGGUCUAUUUUCAACCUUAUCAUUAAUCACAUGAAAAUUAAUGACAGACCUGUAGAUCUUAAAGAUUACACUGUCAGUAUUAUCCAGAAGCUAAUGGAGAGCAAUAAAAAAAAGGACACUUCUCCUGAGAUUAAUCAUUCAAAGUGCUUGCAACGACUAAUGCAAGAUGAUGUCAUCUUGAACUUGAACCAGGAGUGGAUGGGUCAGACUGCACUGCAUGUAGCUGCUUCCUUCAACAACCAGGAGGCCAUGAGUGAGUUUCUUUCCCGAGGAGCUUUCCUUGGUGCUCAUCAGACAACAGUAGCCCAUGACCACAGCAACAUCCUAGACUCUCUUCUGCCAGCAACCCUAGAGAGAGCUAUGGAUGGCUGCAUUGUACACUGUCCAAUAACUGAUGAUGUUUCUGAAAAUGAAAAUAUUCUCAAUGAAGACCACAGGCUAAAACUUGAUUAUCGGUUCCUUGUGCCUCCAACCAGUGAAGACAUUGAGAACGAGAGGAGUAUAAAUGAGACCGAAACAUUAAUGGACAUUAGUAGAAGCAACCGGCACAGACAUGCCAUAAAACACCCACUGGUACAGGUUCUCUUGUAUGCCAAGUGGCGUAAGGUUCUGCCUCUUUACCUUCUUAAUUUAGGCAUUUAUUUCAUAUUUGUCAUUAUUCUCACAGCAUUUGUUUACAGUGUUAAAGAUUUACGCAUACUUGAAGCACAGGCCAAAAAUGAUCUUGCUUCUGGAUCAGGCAAUGGAACCAUUAAUGAAAAAAUUGAAAAUAAGCAAGUUACAGUGAACUGUUUCAUGGGUAUCCUUCUCCCAAUCACAAUAUACAUGCUUAUCAGAGAAGUUUUCCAGAUAUUCUUCUCCCGUGAAAUUUACCUCAAGAGCAUCGAAAAUUAUUUGGAAUGGUUUUUAGUGGUAAUAGUAAUAGUAUUGUGUUCAGCAAGAUUUGCUGCUGAUGUCACUCGUCACUUGGCUGCAUGGGCUAUGAUAGUGGCUUGGUAUGAAUUUGUGUUGAUCCUUGGACGUGCUCCUCCCCUGGCCAUCUAUGUGACAAUGCUGAGACAUGUCUCUUGGAACUUCCUCAAGCUCAUCUUCCUUUAUGGUGCUCUCAUUCUAGCAUUCACCAUUAGCUUUAACAUCAUCUUACAGCCUACUGGUGCUGAUCAGGACACUGACUUUAGUGACUUCUGGUCGACACUUCCCAAGGCAAUAGUAAUGGCUACCGGAGAGUUUGAGUACUCUGAUCUAAGCCAACACUUCUCUCGCAGACUGAUCUUCUUAACAUCAGCUCUACUUGUUUUCCUCCUCUUUUUGUUCCUCAUCUUCCUUGUCCUCAUGAACGUUAUGAAUGGGCUGGCAGUCACAGAUACUCAGAAAGUGGUGGAAGACGCAACACUACAUUCCCUCACUUCACGUUUAGAGCUGAUCUACCUGAUUGAGUCCUUGUUCCUCAGAUGUCCUGGCCUUCACUCUCACAUGGAAAAAGUUCAAUUGCUCUCUGGAAAUAAGUACAAGCCUGUUUUAUAUGCCCAGAUGAAUAAACACAUCAAGAAACAGAGACUCAUAUCUGGGAAGGAGCAGUUCCGGAGCAAGCUUGAUGAUUAUUCAGCAGAAUGCCUUAGAAACCAUCGACUGCAGAAACUGGAAGAGGAUAAAGAAGGUGGUGACCCUUUGAGCAAAUACUUACCUGUCUUGCAAAAGCUACAAGAUGUCUUGAGUACUCAUCCCCAAGUUCUGCAGCACUCUGGACCCUAGCCAAUAUUAUAGGACCUACAAAUGUCUUUCUGAUGUGUUCUUUAAUGUGAGAGGUUCCAGUUUUAAUGAAUUUAUUUUACAAAUUUAUUAGUUAAUUGGAAAUUAAAAAUAUAAUUCUAUUCAUAUGAGACAAAUAGUAUAAGGCAAUAUUUAAAAAAAUGGUAUAAGCUUCACUUUAUUUAUGUUACAGCCUCACUUAGAGAUGUGAAUAAUAAUUUGCCAGGAAGGAAUUGUUUCUGACCUUGUAAACUUUAUGAAAGUGUUUUAAUACACUGUAGCUAGUAUACAGCCUAGUAAACAUCAGCCUUGUAUCUGGAGCUGGUGCUGCUACACAUACAGUACCUUGCCUGCUCCAGCUGCUGCUCAAGAAAACACAUCACAUACAAGCACAAUUACAUUGAUAAAUUAUUUUAUAAUAAAUUAAUAUGUGGUAGCUAGCAAUUUCUUUUUAACACAUCAGCCAUUCCCACCAAGGCAGGGUGGCCCAAAAAGAAAGAAAAAAAAACAAAAAUAAAGAAAAAUACUUUCAUCAUCAUUCAACACUUUCACCAUCACUCAUACAUAAUUACUGUCUUUGCAGAGGUGCUCAGAUACGACAGUUCAGAAGUCCCCCCAAACUGCCAAUAUCCCAAAUCCUUCCUUUAAAGUGCAGGAAUUAUACUUCCCAUUUCCAGGACUCAAGUCCAGCUAACAGGUUUCCCCAAAUCCCUUCACAAAAUAUUACCCUGCUCACACUCCAACAGCUUGUCAGGCCCCAGAAACCAUUCGUCUCUAUUCACUUUUAUCUAACAUGCUCAUGCAUGCUUGCAAAAAUAUUAUCAGCAAUUUAAUUGGGGCAUUGAGUUGAGAAUUGAAAAGGUUAGUCAAUAAAUUAAACAGACACUUUUCAAACAGCACAUGUAGCAUACUAAAGGGUUCAUCAACAUUGAAUAUUCAAGAGAAAUCUUGCAUUCUGGAGAUUGCAUUCCAGAGAAAUCUUGCAUUCUGGAGACUGCUUCCAGAGAAAGCUUGCAUUCUGGAGAUUGCUUCCAGAGAAAUCUUGCAUUCUGGAGAUUGCUUCCAGAGAAAUCUUGCAUUCUGGAGAUUGCUUCCAGAGAAAUCUUGCAUUCUGGAGACUACUUCCAGAGAAAUCUUGCAUUCUGGAGAUUGCUUCCAGAGAAAUCUUGCAUUCUGGAGAUUGCUUCCAGAGAAAUCUUGCAUUCUGGAGAUUGCUUCCAGAGAAAUCUUGCAUUCUGGAGAUUGCAUUUAACUUUAAAUCAGUUGAUCAGUAUUUAUUUUCACAUGAUACAUCAUCUGUACAAAGUUGGAUGGCAUUACAUCAGUCACAUGGAAAGUCCCUUAGUUAUGUAGAGCAUUUCAUGCAAACUUAAACCUAACUUACAUCUAGAAGGACUAUAGUAUUUUAAAUAUACUUGUAUAAGACAUAAAUGAUAUUCACAGUAAAACAGAAUAAAUGUUUAUGAAUCAAAUGUAAAUGAAAUAUAAAAUCAUAGCAAGGUACAUGGUGAUAAGGUCACUUAGAUUAUUCUGUACAGUUGAACCCCUGUAUUCAUUGAUUUAGUAUCUGCAGUUUCAGUUAUCAAUAAAAUGUGUUAAUUCUCCACUUUACGUGCAUAAUUUAUCAGUUAAACUUUAUAAUAGAUAUGUAUAGGACUUAUAUAUAGGAUUUGCCAUUAUCCACAGUUUUGGUAUCCACAGCAGGUAUCCCCCACUAAUAUGGGGUUCCUACUGUAUUAAAAUGAUUCAGUUAAUUCAAAAUAAAAUAUUUAAUAUGAAUUACAAUAGGAGUGAAACUAGUAACAUGAUUUAUUACAGAUGUGAUUAGAUAGUAUUUUACAUAUAUAGUAGGGCCCCACUUACAUGGCAGGUUAGGUUCCGGCUACUGCCAGAAAGCAGAACACCAUUUUUUUUCCAUAUAUAAAUGCACCUAAAUGCCAGAUAACAAGUUUACACAAACACAUACAGCCUCUCAUCACUUAGCAACGUACUCGUUUACCGACACCUCGGACUUACGAUGGGCUCUCUGACCAUUAUUCAUACCUAAAUAGUAAUGUAUAUUAGAGCUGAUUUCCUUUAUUCUGUUUAUUUCAAUCUACAGUAUGCCAUAAACAUUUAAAAAUAUACCAAAAAUGUUAUAAAUGGUGCAAAGGUGACAUUAAAACAAUAUCAAAGAUGGUUAACACAAACUCACUACCAUUAUAGUAUGCUCCUCUUAGAGACGAAUUUAUUUAACGAUGUGGCCUCAGGAACAGAACUCCGUCGUUAAGUUAGGAGAGGCUGUAUUAAGUUAGCAAUAAAAUUAGGCAUUAAAAACAAAGAAAAGUAAAAUCCACACACAGUACACCCAUUACUAAACCACACAAUAACCAAAAUCUGUAAACUCUGCAUUGUAAUCCUUAUAGAGAAUAAACUUUGAUUUGAUUUGAUUUGAUUUAAAAUAUUUGUAGACUUAAUGUAGGGUGAGAGGUGAGUUUUAUUUGUAGGAAGUCAGGUUUGGGAAGUAUGGUAGCCAGCCAGGGCAGCUCACCCCACCCUACCCACAUGUAAUGUAAACAAACAAGGCAAACACAUCUGGUUUUCAUUUGUUUUGUAUUAUGCCAUAAUACAAACACUUUACAUUGUGUGCAAGUUGUCUCCACGUUGAUACAGUAGAAUAAAGAGAAACACUCCCAUUCUCAUGUAACACCAUUUUUAGAAGAAAUGACGCUCUGAGGGAAGGCAUACAAAAGGAAAUAUUUUCUAGUUACCCCCAGUAAUAUUAUAGUGUACACAUUUUCUCUGAUGUUUGCCUGGCUGCCACAUCUCAUAUAUAUGUUAAUUUAUUCUACUGUGGGUGUAUUUAUCAUGUUUAUAUGUUAUGUAGUGUGUUUAUUAUAUAAUUUUCAAAAAAAUAUCAUAGAUGGAUUAAUGGAAAUGUCUAUAUUAACAUAAUACAUGACAUUUAAUGCACCCAAGAGAUUACAUAUUAUUAACAUGGUGUCAAGAGUAGAGGGACUUUUAGUGAUUUUAAUAUGUACCUGCAUGCCAGCACAGUGUGUAAGUAUAUUUAGGUACAAGUACACAUAAGUAUAAUUAUCAGAGUACAUACAUGUAAAAAUAUGCACUAACUUUAAAACACUAGAAAUUUUUGAAAAUUUACAGACGUAAUAGAGAGAUAUGCUCACGGUAAAUGUAAACAAACUGGGUGGGGUGCACCAUAUUAGAGAGACCAGGAGUCGUAUAAUAAGUUUUGGUCAUAAUUUGAAAUCACCGUAUUAGCAGAACGCCGUAAGGAGAAACACCGUAAAGCGGGGCCUUACUGUAUGUAUAUAAGACAUUAAUGAUAUUCACAGUAAAAUAAAUUCAAUGAGAAUGACUUAAAUGUAUAUAUAUUAUUAGUUUAUACUAUAAAAGCUCUGUUCCACAAGGCACAGUACUUGCUCCCAUCUUGUUCCUCAUCCUCAUAUCGGACAUAGAUGGAUAUAAGAUACAGCGCUGUGUCUUCCUUUGCAGAUGACACCCUAAUUUACAUGACAGUGUCCUCCAUUGAAAACUGCAAGACUCCAGGUGGAUAUCAACCAUAUCUUUAAAUGGGCUGCAGAAAACAAUAUGAAGUUCAAUGUUGAGAAAUUUCAAUUACUCCAAUAUGGAAAACGUGAGGAAAUUAAAACUUCAUCAGAGUAAAAAGCAAAUUCCAACCACACAGUAGAGUGAAAAACUAAUGUCAAAGACCAGGGGGUGAUCAUGUCAGAGGAUAUCAUCUUCAAGGACCAUAACAUUGUAUCAAUUGCAUCUGCUAGAAAAAUGACAGAAUGGAUAAUGAGAACCUUCAAAAUCAAGGAUGCCAAGCCCAUGAUGACUCUUCAGGUUGCUUGUUCUAUCUAGGCUGGAAUAUUGCUGCACACUAACAGCACCUUUCAAGGCAGGUGAAGCUGCUGACCUAGAAAAUGUACAGAGAACCUUCACGGCAUGCAUAACUGCGAUAAAGCACCUCAGGUACUGGGAAUGGUUGAAGUUAAGAACAUAAGAAAGGAGGAACACUGCAGCAGGCCUGUUGGCCCAUACUUGGCAGGUCCUUUACAAUCCAUCCCACUAACAAAACGUUUGCCCAACCCAAUUUUCAAUGCCACCCAAGAAAUAAGCUCUGAUAACUCAAAUCCAACCCCUCUCACUCAUAAGAACAUAAGAAAGGAGGAACACUGCAGCAGGCCUGUUGGCCCAUACUAGGCAGGUCCUUUACAAUUCAUCCCACUAACAAAACAUUUGCCCAACCCAAUUUUCAAUGCUACCCAAGAAAUAAGCUUUGAUGUGCAAGUCCCACUCAAAUCCAAGCCCUCCCACUCAUGUACUUAUCCAACCUAAAUUUGAAACUACCCAAAGUCCUAGCCUCAAUAACCCAACUAGGUAGACUGUUCCACUCAUCAUCUAGCCUAUUUCCAAACCAAUACUUUCCUAUGUCCUUUCUAAAUCUAAACUUAUCUAAUUUAAAUCCAUUACUGCGGGUUCUCUCUUGGAGAGAUAUCCUCAAGACCUUAUCUAUAUCCCCUUUAUUAAUACCUAUGAACAUCAAAAUGGUAUACCAUUAAUACCUAUCUUCCACUUAUACACUUCGAUCAGGUCUCCCCUCAUUCUUCGUCUAACAAGUGAAUGCAACUUAAGAGUCUUCAAUCUUUUUUCAUAAGGAAGAUUUCUAAUGCUAUGUAUUAAUUUAUCUAAUGCUAUAAUCCUGUACUCCCUAGAAUGCAGGCAGGAGAGAUACAUGGUUAUAUAUACACUUGGAAAAUCCUAGAGGAAUUAGUACCAAACUUGCACACGAAAAUCACUCAAUACAAAAGCAAAAGACUCAGCAGACUAUGCAACAUCCCCCCAAUGAAAAGCAGGGGUGUCACUAGCAUGAUAAGAGACAACACAAUAAGUGUGAGGGGCCCAAGAUUGUUCAACUGCCUCCCAGCAUACAUAAGGAGGAUUGCCAACAGACCCCUGACUGUCUUCAAGCAGGCACUGGACAGGCACCUAAAGUCAGUACCUGACCAGCCAGGCUGUAGGUCGUACAUUGGACUGUAUGUGGCUAGCAGUAACAGCCUGGUUAAUCAGGCCCUGGUCCACCAUGAGGCCUGGUCACAGACUGGGCCACGGGGGCGUUGACCCCCGGAACUCUCUCCAGGUAUACUCCAGGUAUAUUGAAAGUAUUCAGUAAUUAAAAAUAAAAUUCUAGUAAAAAAUACAGUAAGGAUGAAGCUAGUUAAAUGAAUUGAUACAAAGUAUAGUGAGAUAGUAUAUAGCUGUCUAAUAAUAUAUGAGAGUUGAAGGAAGGAUGAAACAAGAACAGGGACAGUAUUGUAUUAAGGUAAGGAGAGGCUGUUUAGCAGUAGCAGUGGCCUGGUGGCCUGGUGGCCCGGUGGCCUGGUGGCCCGGUGGCCUGGUGGCCCGGUGGCCUGGUGGCUAAAGCUCCCGCUUCACACACGGAGGGCCCGGGUUCGAUUCCCGCCGGGUGGAAACUUUUCGACACGUUUCCUUACACCUGUUGUCCUGUUCACCUAGCAGCAAAUAGGUACUUGGGUGUUAGUCGACUGGUGUGGGUCGCAUCCUGGGGGACAAGAUUAAGGACCCCAAUGGAAAUAAGUUAGACAGUCCUCGAUGACGCACUGACUUUCUUGGGUUAUCCUGGGUGGCUAACCCUCCGGGGUUAAAAAUCCGAACGAAAUCUUAUCUUAUAGUGGAUGGCAGAGAGGGAACCUCUGAAAUCGUCAGGUAAAGAGCUCCAGAUUUAUGGUUCUUUUAUAUGCAUUAAGGUUUUACAAAGGUUGAGUCAGAUGUGGGGAUUAUCAUAGAGAUUUUUGUGUAGUAUUAUGGCUAUGAAUUCUGUUGCAACUAUCAAGAAAGAGUUUCAGGGCAAGAUUAAUAUUAAAAUUGAUUGUCUUGUGUAUGUAGUAUGCACAGUACUAUGAGUGAAUUUUAUGUAUAUGUAUUAAGUUAGUUUAGAUUUUGAAAGCAUGGAGGAGUGUGUUUUCUUACACUAGACUGGGUGAUCAUUCAUACUGCUGCUUUAUGUUAUUAUGGGCUUUGGCUGAUUUGCUGUCAUGGAUCCCCAGGCACAAAUAGCAUGGGCAAGGUAGGGAUAGAUUAGUGAGUAGUAUAAUGUAAGUAAUGCUAUUUGAGGUACAUAGUAUCAUAUCUUAGAGAGGAUGCCAACUGAUUUUGGUAACAUUUUCUUUUGUUACAUUCUGAAUGUGGGUGUUGAAUUUCAAGUUGCUGUCAAGGUACAAACCUUCAUUUUGUCUUGCAGUGAUAUCAGAGAGGAAAAUUAAAAAUUAAUUUUCAUCAAGUGCCAUAUCAUGGGAGGGAAAAAAAUGGUCAUACAAUACUAUCACUUCACUUGAAUUUACAACUCUGUUGAACUAUGCUGUGAUGCUUUCAUAAAUCUGUAUAAGGUGGUGUGCAUCAGUGUGUCGUUGCCAGCUACCAUAAUUCUGCAGCAUGUGAAUGUAGGUUUUCUUGCUUGUGAUUGAUAAAAAUUUACUUGAGCAACAACAGUAGUGACAACAGAACAAAGUGAUAUUGCAAUUAUAUCUAUAAAUUAGGAAAGAACCAAGAGUCUGAGUGAUGACAUCAUCAUUAAUCCUCUUGCUACCAACCACAACAAUGGAAAAAUCACACUGCUUUAACUUUCCAGUUAUCCUGAGCCUUUAUUUUGAAAGUAGAAUGAAUAUUUUGGUCUUGUUGUAUAUCAUUACAUCAGUAAAGCCAUUAUUUUGAUGGUUUACAUAUUGAUGAAAUAUCAUGUAAUUAUUGAUUUUAUUCUUUGAUAAGGACAGUUGUUUUCUCCCUAUAAAAAGUGUGAAUAAAAGAAUCUUUAGAAAACAUUUCUGUUCUUAUUGAUAUGUAAUAUGCACUAAGUCAACACAGUGUACUUAUGCUACCUCUUCCAACCAGGCAGCCACCCUUAAGCUUCCAACAGAGAAAUACUGAAGCUGCUGCUCCUCACAUUAAACAGCAUGAUAAUUAAAACCCACUUGGCCUUUGCUCCAUUUAUGUCUAAUCUAAAAAAGUUUCUUUUUACCCCUGCCCUCUUAACUAUUCCUAGUAUGAUCCCUACCCCUCUUGCCUUAAACCCCAGAUUUAUACACCUUUGUCAUCCUACCUCUCUCCAUUCAAACCACCUAUACAGGAUGUGGAGGAAUUGGAUGAUGGUGUAUAAAUCUGGGGUGGAAGGUAGGAGGGUUAGAGGUCAUCCAGGGAAUGGUUGAAGGGAAGGGAAUAGGGCAGCUUUGAAUAUUAUGGGCUUGAGCAUGUAGCAUGCAGAAAAUGUAUACAGGUAUGUAAGUAGAUUAUUAUUAUUAUUUUUAUUAUUAUUAUUAUUAUUAUUAUUAUGAUUAUUAUUAUUAUCAUCAUCAAGGGAAGUGCUAAACAUGUGGUGUCAUACAGCACAUUGCAUAGGGAAUGGGUGGCAUUUGAGUUUGACUCAAGGAAAGGGAGGAUAUACAGGUUUCUUCCUUGGAGCAUAACCCCUCAUUAUUAUGUAGAAUCUUUUGAGAUUUUUAUUGUUUUUCGUGGAGGCAGUAUAGGUUCUUAAGUACUACUAUAUAACUAAUGGUAAAUUAUGCCUAUACAUAUAGCAAACUUGGGGUUAUGGAUAUGAUGCAACUGUACUUAAGUGAAGUGGAAGCUGUGUACACUUGUUACUACAGAAGCUUCAGUACUGUACCUGCAUUAAAUAUGCUAUACAUUCCUUUACUAGUCUUCAUGAGGUAUAAGGACCAAUUACUGAUUUGGUGUCUGAGUUUAAUCGUUAUCAAAGCUAAUUAAGUUACUGUAUAUGAUUUAUCUGCCAAAUAAGUUAAAAUAUAUAUUUUAUCAAUAUUCUGUAGUCGUUUCGUAAUUCAAACAAUGAGUUUUAUGUAAGCUAUAAUUAACCAAAUGUAUUAAAUACUUAUUUGUACUUGCUUAUGUAAUGCCACAUCCUGCAAGCCACA